AUGUCUGAAUAUCGCCAUGUGCGGUCGGGGAGCCUGAACAUUCCGUCUCAGGCGAACGCCAUGAGCCCCGUAGCGCAGUCACACAGCCGUUUUGACGGCCCGAGGAGUCCACCGAACACCUCCCAUGUGCCGUGCAAGUUCUUUCGACAGGGCGCCUGCCAGGCUGGUUCUGCCUGCCCCUUCAGCCAUGAUCUCGGCUCUGCUGCCGAGACGGUAUGCAAGUACUUCGCCAAGGGCAAUUGCAAGUUCGGUCCCAAAUGCGCCAAUGUCCACGUCCUCGCCGACGGCCGCCGCAUCAACUACAGCAAGAGCGGCAUCACCAUCGGCCAGCCUCUUCACCUCGGAAACCGCGUCAGCCCGGCCGCCUACAACAACUCCAACAGCGCCUUGACCAAUUCUUUCAUGCGCGGCGACUCCUACGGCUACCCCGUCUCGCCUAGCGAGCCCUACCAGACCAUUGAUCGUCGACCGAGCCUCGAGAACGUCCCCACCAUCGACACCACAUACUCCCACACGAGCUCUCAGUACGGCUCCCCCCGCGAAGAGGAUCCGUCACGGCUCGGCCUCGGACUUUCGCCCGUAGCUGGGAAGGGUCUGUCGGUGCUCGACGCCCCCUUGCCGGCUUCUUUCGACUCGAAUGGAAUCUCGAACGCCGCCCUGUACCCGGGAGGCCCUUGGCCUUCAUCCGUACCCUCGCAGUUCGGUAUCGAGUCGCCUUCGCCGUCCCUAAACGCCGCCAAGGAGUCACGCACAUCCGAGGCCCUGAAACUUCUGCACCAUUCCGCCUUUGGCAGCAACGAGCGCUUGUCCGCCACCGUCACCGGCUCCUCACCGCCGACUCAGCCCUCUGACGAGUACUUUGGUAGACGCCAGAUGCAUUCGAGCCGCUAUGCUAAGCCUAAGAUGCUCAGCAGCAGUGCACCUCGCGCCAUCGUAGGGGCCAUCGAUCGAGACUGGGAAUCCGAGUUUCCCUUCACCGAGGAAGACUAUCUGCCGGACAACCUCAAGGAACUUUUGACACCGGCAGAGAAGGCCCGGCGUGGCUCGCGAGCCACCGAUGAUGAAGUCAGCGGUUUGAGGACGAACGGCACGAGCGGCACAGGCACGCCCAACGCCGAGCCAUCCUCCAAGAUUGGAAGCCCCUUGGCAUCAAGCCCAAGUCGUUGGGGGCCUCUGUUUCAGCGUCAGCAUGAGGAACAUGAGGCCAAGAAGCAUGCUAUAGCCGCAAGCGCCGGAGUGUUUGGCCACGUCGGCAGCCCUCUGCGACAGUCCAGUCUUAGUGCCGACGUGGUGCGACCGCACACAGCUGGCCGACCGGGCAGCAUCGAAGGUCUCAGUGUACUCACUCAGCAGCUCCAGCGCACCCGUAUCGACGGCAACGGAAGCGGAGGCGAGUCACCUUUAUUGCACCCGCAUGCGCAUGUCUCGCGACCUUCCAAUGGACGCAAUGGCGAGCGGCACAUCAGCAGCGGCUCCGUCAGCUCGAGUGCCCGAUACACGACGCCUAUCGGCGAGGAAGAUGGCGAGUUCGUCUUCAGCAUGGAUGAGGAUGGAGAUCGGGACACCACCAUAAGAGCGAGGCAGCGAACCUCGGGCGUAGGCACUGUCAUGGGCGCCUGGGGCUCUAGCUAUGCUGGUGUCGCCGCUGGUCCUGGCAAGAAAGAUGAUGGUGGCGCAAGGGUUGUCGAUCGUGUUGGCGGCCGAUGA